AUGCCCAUCAAACUCAGUUCCGUCUUCGCCAUCCACAUCCUCGUCGCCCUCCUCGCGAUCCUCUCCCUUAUCCUCGCAAUCCUCGCCUGGACCCGCACAAAAACCCUCUCCCUGCCCCUCCCCCCCAUCCUCCCCAUCCUCACCACCCUCCUGGUCCCCUACACCCUAGCAACCCUAACCGCAACGACCUUGCUCAAACGCACCGCCUCCCCGAAAUCCACCCUCCUCCUCCCAAUCCUCAAUACCCUGCACACCCUUCUAAGCACCAUCCUCCUCACCCUCACCCUACAUCACCUAAAUACCACCGAAGGAAUAAAAACAUGCACCCUCGACCAAACCUGGCAAGGGUAUUUCCACGCCCGCGACGCGGGAACCAUCCGCCGAAUCCAGGAUACCCUGCAGUGCUGCGGGCUGCGCAGCGUACGGGACCGCGCGUGGCCGUUCAAGGAUAAGGCUCAUGGCGAUGAUGCGUGUGUGUUGCAGUUGGGGUAUACCCGGUCUUGUGCGGGGGUGUGGCGCGGGGAGGAGGUGCAGGCACUGUGGUUGUUGGUGGUGGUUGUGGGGGUUUGUGGGGGUUUGAGGAUUGCGUUUUGGUUCCUACGCGUGCGAGGGGUCGGGGUUCGGUGGGUUGAUAAGGAUGAUACUGAUACUGAGGGUGUGGGUGUCCGGCGGAGACGCGAGGAGUAUCAGCGGAUUUUGGAUCGGGAGGUUGAGGAGGGGGCCAGUGUUGGGGGUUAUGAGGUGGAGGAUGCAGGGGAGGAGGAUGAUGGGAGGGAUCCUGCUGCGGCUGGGGCAGGUAGGCUGUUGCCGCAUUCAGAGUCGGGGUAUGAGUGGGGACAGCGUUGA